UGAAAAUAAACGGCGGAUUAAGAAUUCCCCCCACAAUUUUUCAACAAAAUUUAUAAUGUUUUGUUUCUGAGGCUUAAUGUGUCGAAGAAAACGAGCGAAUCGAAGCUUUUGGACUUUCCCACUGAAGAACAAUAAGCUGUGCGUACGCUUCCAAAUCGCCUGUUCCACCCCACGCCACCGAUAUAACUCGAAUGGUCAGCAAAUGGACGCGGUAGUUGUUUUCUAGCAAAGGCAGUUUGAUUGGUUGGAAACUGGUAUCUUUGUGGGAGACUUUUAGAUCGCUGAAGUGAUGUGGACGAAUAUUUUCAAAAUUGGGGGUCUACAUCAAAUUUCAUGGUUCCAGUUUCUGCCUAAUGAAUCUGACUUGAUUUCGUUACCGGACAAAAGUGCAAAGGUUGAGCACAACGAUGCUGCCACAUUCUUGGUGCUUUCAUCACACGUGCAAUUACAGAAGGAAGGAUUUUUAAGCACUUGGACCAACUCAUUUGUUGGGCCUUGGGACCCAUCUCAGGGUUUGCACAAUCCUGAUGAAAAAAUUAAACUUUGGCUUUUUCUACCUGGGCGCCAUUCUUCUGUUGCUGAAACUGCUCAAGCAGCUGUUUCCAAGUUAAGGGUGGUUGCAUCUGGACUGUGGACCUCUCCUGGGGAUUUGGAGGAGGUUGCGGCUGCCCUUUCACAGGCAUUACGAAACUGUAUUGAGAGAUCCUUAACUGCACUUUCAUACAUGAGGUUUGGAGAUGUUUUCACAAAAUAUCAGUAUGGUCAAAGUGAAGAAUUAUUCAGGAGAGGGCAACCUACAAUGGAGUUCAUAUUUUCUGCUACUGAGGAGGCAAUAUUUGUGCAUGCCAUCAUAUCUGCAAAACAUAUUCGAGCACUAUCAAAUGCAGAAAUUGAAAGAGUGUUGAAGCAUUCUGCAAAUAAUUCCUGUCUUGGACUUCCAGUGAUUGUUUCACCUCAUGGAAUCCGGGGUAGGUUCACUGGAUGUUGUGCUAGUGAUGUUGUGAAACAAAUAUGUUCCAGUUCUGGAAAGUCUAGGACUUCGUGUGGAUUUGUGGGUUUGCCCCAUCACGUUUCUCAAGGUGGCUGCCAAUCAAAGGGGCAAAAUUGCUAUGUUGAAGUUACCCUAGGGUGCUCUAAAUCAGUGAGUGAGAGGCCGCUGCAAUCCAAUUCAAAUUACAUAAGAAACGUAUCAACAUCUGGUGAUCUGAAAGGAUUGGCAAACAAUUUAUCUUUUCAUAAAAAAACUUUUAUAUAUCCAUCCGAGGCAGUGCUUGUUUUGUUAUUGCAAACUUCAUUUGCCAGGUCGUCCUUGAAAAGAUUUUGGCUGCAAAACUGGAUAGGACCCUCGUUACCUGGUUCUUCUUUCUACAUGCAUUGCGGUGGAAAUGUAGAUUAUAUGGAAGGUUUGUGGACUGAGACUGAUAAAAUACGUUCACAGCAUGGUUACGAUAGUAGCAGCAAUAGUAACAGUAGCAGCAUUGGUAGCAUAAGUAGUAGUUCUAGUGAUAGUGAUUGCAAGACAGGAGCCAGCGAACUUGAAGCAGAUGCUGAUUCCUUAUCUUGCAGGCAGUCUGGAUUGUCUUCAAAUGACCAGUCAGCAAACAGUGGCCGAAAAUUGGGUAUUAAGCGGUCUCGUUCAGGGAUGCCAGAUUCGUUAGAUCAAAUGGGUACAGGUGCUCAAAUUCAGGAUGCUUUCAAAUCCGAGUUUACAUCCACCGAGCUCAACAAUUCCGCUAUUACAGGAGUUAGUAAUGUGCUAAUUGGAUCUCCUUGGGACUGGGAUGAUGAUGACAGGGGCGUGGAUGACAUUGAAGAUCUCCUUUUGCAUUUUGGGAGCUUCGGAGACUUCUUUGUGAAUGAUGUUUUACCAUUUGGGGAGCCCCCAGGAGCUGCAGAGUCACAAUCUCUUUCGUUUUCGGCUCCAGACUAUGCUGAUGUAGGUAGCAGUCCAGGUGGGGUCAUGGAUGUUUCUGAUCAGAUGCUUUUGCCUGUGGGGUUUCCCUCCUUCGAUAGCUUCAACCCAGCUGUUACAAAAACAACAGAUGAGGUUCUAAGCAAAGAUCAUGAAGUCACAAACAAUGCAUUGUCCUCAGUAACAGCCAAUCAAACUCCAGUGUCUUCUUCUGGGGAGUUUGAUCAAAUUACCAAGUAUGAAGCUCUGAUGACACUUGCUCCAGAAUAUGGAGCAGUUGAAACACCUACAAGUGAGUUUUCUUCAUCAAUAUUCCGAAGUCCAUAUAUUCCUAAAUCUCGGGAGCUAGAGAGUUCAAACUUAAGCACAAACAGCUACAUAUAUGGUGCAACACCACCCUCUUCGCCAUACUUCGAUUGGUCGGAUGAAAAGAGUGGUAUCUCCUCAAAUUCAAAACCAUCAAAUGUUCUAAGUGCAAAAAACUACUAUACACAUGUUGACAAUGUGAAAGAGAAACAUAUAAGAAAAUCAGCUGCAUGUAAGAACAGCAUCUCUACAUCUGAUGGGCUGGCAUCAUCUCUCUCAAAUCACAAUGCUGUAAAUGCGGUCAAAUCUGCACAGAGGAAGACGAAUGAGGACACUGUUGAAGCUGAUUGUUUAUUUAUGUCUCAGAAGCAUGUUCUUGCAAUGGAAGUUGAAUGCUUAAUGUUCCAAGCUUCUAUGUGCAGAGUACGGCAUACCCUGCAGUCGUCUGGUAGUUCCACAGUUUCUGGUACAAAUCAGCUGUCAAGUGAUCCAAGUACUAUUACAGAUUAUAUGGCGAAUGAGGUGAAGAAGAAAGAUACUAUACCAAUGAGAAUAGCCGGAGAUGUUGAUGAGGGAACACUUGAUGGACACCACAAUGCACCUGUUGGUGUUUGGCGGUCUGUUGGAGUUCCCAAGGUUCCAAAGCCCUCAAAUUCACCUAGUAUGGAACUUGGCUCUUCCUUACCCCACAAUUCUUUCCAUGAAGAUGGAGUUCUCUCUUAUGGGCAAAGACCACCACUUCAGGAACUCCUUGAUGCCAUGCCUUUACUUGUCCAGCAGGCUACUUCUUUUGUUGACCUGGCCUUGGAUGCAGAUUGUGGUGAUGGUCCGUAUGGCUGGCUAGGUUUGCAGGAACAAUGGAGGAGGGGAUUUCCAUGUGGGCCAUCUAUGGUUCAUGCAGGCUGUGGAGGAACCUUAGCCUCUUGUCAUGCAUUGGACAUUGCAGGCGUUGAGUUAGUUGAUCCUCUUUCUGCUGAUGUUUAUGCCCCGUCUGUAAUGAGUUUGCUGCAGUCCGACAUGAAAACAGCCUUGAAAUCUGCAUUUGGCACUUUGGAUGGUCCAUUAUCUGUAACUGAUUGGUGCAAAGGUCGUGGUCAAUUAGGUGAUAUGGGAAGCACAGGUGAUGGAUUAUCUGCUGAGUCUACUAUAAAUGAAUCUAAAGAUUCUUCGAGUACUGUUAUGCUAAACAUUGGAGAGCCCAUAAGCCCCUCACAUUCUUCUGCUAGUGGAUCGUCUAGUCUCAAAGGCAGUAGCACAAUGGAUGGGUCCAAAAUGGAUGAGACUUCCCAAAGGAGAUCAAACCAAGAAAUCUCCAGUUCAGGAUCAGACCAGCAACUACUACCUUCCCGAUUGAGACCAACGAUUAUUGUUCUCCCAUCACCCGCGAUACUUGUUGGGUACCAAGAUGAUUGGCUUAAGACAUCUGCCAACUCUCUGCAACUUUGGGAAAAGGCCCCUCUUGAGCCUUAUGCUGUACAAAAACCUAUAAAUUAUUGCGUCAUUUGCCCAGAUAUCGAUCCUCUUGCAUCUGCUGCCUCCGAUUUUUUCCAGCAACUAGGAACUGUGUAUGAGACAUGCAAGCUGGGAACACAUACCCCACAUAAUUUAGGGAAUCAAAUGGAUGUCGAUUCUGGGAAGUUGUUAUCUUCAGGUUUCGUCCUACUCGAUUGUCCCCAGUCGAUGAAAAUUGAUAGCAGUAGUGCUUCAAUUGUCGGUUCAAUUAGUGACUAUUUGCUUUCUCUAUCAAAUGGAUGGGACUUGACAAGUUAUCUUAGAUCUCUUUCAAAAGCUUUGAAAGGUUUGAAACUCUCUCCAUCUAUGUCAGCUAAUCCCAAAGAAGGCAGUAAUGGUUCCUGCAUGGUACUUUAUGUCAUAUGUCCUUUUCCUGAUCCUCUGGAAGUAUUGCAAACUGUCGUUGAAUCUUCUGUUGCUGUCGGUUCUGUCAUGCUCCAGUCAGAUAGAGAUAGGAGGACAAUAUUGUGUAGUCAGGUUGCAAAGUCAUUAAGCUGCUCAGCAGCUGUUGACGAGUCAUCAACGUCAAACGUUCUAGUUCUUCAAGGAUUUACUCUUCCUAAAUUGGUAUUGCAGAUUGUGACAGUUGAUGCAAUUUUCAGAGUGAGUAGUCCAUCAGUAAACGAAAUUGUAAUUCUUAAAGAAACAGCUUUCACUGUUUAUAACAAGGCUCGUCGAAUAUCACGGGGAACAUCGACUGAUGUAGUCCAGUCAUCAUCAAUAUCCAGUAGAUCUCAUUCAGUUUUAUCAUCAAUGUCAUCUUCCAUUCCAGGGAUGUGGAAAGAUUGCGUUGGUAUUAGAAUAGCUGGGCAUUCACUCCCUCGAGAGGGUGAAAUCGAUGGUACCCUGAGGUCUGGAACCUGGGAUAAUUCAUGGCAAACAAGGCCUGGAUCAUUAAGUAAUGACCCAAAUAGAAUUGGAGAAUAUUAUCUUCAAGAUGAUUCUUGCUACAUGUUUGAACCACUUUUUAUUAUGGCAGAACCUGGUUCACUUGACCAUGGAAUUUCACCAAUAAAUCCUGUUACACUAGGAGUGAAGUCUUCGAAACCAUUAUCCGAUGACAACAGCGGUGCCUUUUUACCGAAUGUAAGUUCAGCAGUAGGUAUGGAUAUAGGAACUAACUCUCAAGUAGAUGGACCUGAGAUGGAUGGGUUUGGAGGUCAUCAAAAGAAUCCUAGCCUACACUGUUGCUAUGGAUGGACAGAAGACUGGCGCUGGCUAGUAUGCAUCUGGACAGAUUCACGAGGAGAAUUAUUAGACAGUCAUAUAUUUCCCUUUGGUGGGAUCAGCAGUAGGCAGGAUACGAAGGGUCUGGAAUGCAUUUUUGUCCAAGUUCUGCAGCAAGGCUGUAUGAUACUUCAGUCAUGUUCUCCCGAUACUAGUGUUUCCAAGCCUAGAGAUUUGGUUAUUGCAAGAAUUGGAACAUUCUACGAACUCGAGUAUCUAGAGUGGCAGAAGGCCAUUUAUUCACUAUGGGGAUCGGAGGUGAAAAAAUGGCCGUUGCAACUUCGCCGCUGCAUGCCAGAUGGGAUAUCAUCAAGUAGCAACGGGAGUUCCUUGCAACAACAGGAGAUGAGUUUGAUUCACGAUAGAAACCUUCCUUCCUCCCCAAAUCCUUUAUAUAGCCCGCAUUCAAAAUCUACAGGCUUUAUGAAAGCUAGCAUUGGACAACCUACUAUAAGAAAGCAGCUAAUGGGUGGUCAUGCAGUGGUGGACAACUCAAGAGGAAUGAUUCAGUGGGUGCAUAGUAUCAGUUUUGUCGCAAUUUCGAUGGAGCAUUCUCUGCAGCUAUUACUGCAAGCCGAUUCACCAUCGCCCGGCGGAAAUCAAGGCAGCGUACAGUCAUCGUCGUAUGUAGAAGGCUUUACUCCGGUUAAAUCUCUUGGUUCCACAUCUUCUUCUUACAUACUAAUCCCAUCACCUAGCCUGCGUUUCCUUCCCUCGAACCCUCUUCAGCUUCCGACAUGCCUCACCGCCGAAUCCCCACCUUUGGCGCAUCUCCUCCACAGUAAGGGGUCUGCAAUUCCACUUUCCACUGGAUUUGCCAUUUCAAGAGCUGUACCCUCAAUGAGGAAGGAUUCCCGGAGCAACAUGAAAGAGGAAUGGCCUUCAGCCCUUUCGGUUAGUCUCAUCGAUUACUAUGGACAUAACGUCACACAAGAAAAGAACGUCCGAGGGAUUAUCAAGCAAGUGGGAAGAAGUUCAAGUGUGGAAUCACGAGACUUUGAAAUCGAGACGCAUUUGAUCCUCGAGUCUGUCAUAGCAGAGCUUCAUGCCUUAUCAUGGAUGACUGUGAGCCCAGCAUACUUGGACCGACGAACUGCCCUGCCGUUUCACUGUGAUAUGGUUUUGAGACUCAGGAGGAUUCUUCAUUUUGCUGACACCGAGCUUUCUAGGCGUGCUGAAAAAUCUAAACAUUAGGACGAUAUCGACUGUGAGGUAAUACCGAGGUUGUUUCUUGCUGCUAAUUAUUCUGUUAAAGACCUGCUUACCAUGUAAAGUUGUGUAUUAUAAUUCUUGUACAUGCUAGAUAGCUGGGCAAUUCUUAAUUAUAAUGCUUAGUUGUUAGGAUUUAGGAAGAGAAUUAAAUGUUAGUUCAGGUUUAUGUGAAAAAUUAGGACAAAUGUAUAUGAAACAAAACGGAAUUGCAACUUCAAAAUCAGUUUGAUUGAGAGAUGCUUUGAUUUUCUCAGAAUAUCAAUGAAUGAUAGAACCACUUAUCUUUCACCCUUA